UUUCCUGAAUGCAACUCCACAUUUGACUGUCUGCAACUUUAUUGUUCUUUCAACAGCAGAUAGCGACGAACAACGGUCUGACGCUACUAUUAUUGAAAUGGCGUUAGUGUAGUUAAAGACACCGUUAUUUGUAGUUAUUGUGGUCGUUUAGGUCGCUUCGGGUUUUAUUUUUCUGGUCCGGUGUAUUCACGCUGGACAUGUCCUCUAUAUUUGGGCAUUACGGAGUUGAUAAAUGAAAAUGUGGUAAAGCAAAUUGUUAAUAAUUUACGUUGCAUAAUAAGGCCGCAGCUACCGCCGAGCUUGCGUAAGGAUUACAACGGCUUUUGAAUGCUUGGCCUGCCGCAGCUAGAUGUCGGUUUCCAAGUGAAUCCCGGUGGACAUGUGUAUCAGUAAUCUGGAAGUGAAGUGACACACUUACUGUUCAGUUCAACAGUAACAUUACCCUUAUUGGUUUGUGAAAUAGUCCCGCCCAUCCUAGAAAUUAGAUUUUGGCAUCUUGACUUUAUUAUCGUUUGAAAGCAAGUUCCCCUAACACACACACUCUCAAUAUGGCAUCAGUGCCAGUGUACUGCUUGUGUCGUCUGCCAUAUGAUGUAACACGCUUCAUGAUCGAGUGUGACAUUUGUCAAGACUGGUUCCAUGGAAGCUGUGUUGGAGUAGAGGAGGACAAAGCAGCUGAGAUUGACCUGUAUCACUGCCCCAACUGUCAGGUCACCCAUGGGCCAUCUGUCAUGCGCAAACGCCGUGGAGGCAAUAAGCAGACAGAUGGUGGUGCUGCUGGAGCAAGAGAUCCAAGUCGACCUGUUAAGACAGGCAGUCCACAGUUUGUCAGGGAGCUACGGAGCCGCACCUUCCCAAAUGCGGAUGAAGUCUUGCUAAAGCCAUCUGGGGCCCAGCUGACAGUCGAGUUUCUGGAAGAGCAUUCAUUCAGUGUUCCGGUCAUGGUGCUGAGGCGAGAUGGCCUAGGCAUGACCCUUCCUCCAUCAUCAUUUGGCGUCAGUGAUGUAGAGCACUACAUCGGUGCAGACAAAGAGAUUGAUGUGAUUGAUGUGUCUCGCCAAUGUGACCUGAAGAUGCGUUUGGGAGACUUUGUUGAAUACUACAACAGCCCCAAUAGAGACAGAGUGCUCAAUGUCAUCAGCCUGGAGUUCUCUGAGACCAGGCUUUCAAACUUGGUGGAGACUCCAAAGAUUGUGAGGAAACUGUCAUGGGUGGAAAACCUCUGGCCUGAAGAGUCUGUGUUUGAACGCCCCAAUGUGCAGAAGUACUGCCUAAUGGGAGUGAAGGACAGCUACACAGACUUCCACAUUGACUUUGGAGGCACCUCAGUAUGGUACCAUGUUCUGAGGGGUGAGAAAAUCUUCUACCUAAUUUCCCCCACCCCAGCCAACUUGGCACUUUUUGAGCGGUGGAAUUCCUCAUCUAACCAGAAUGAGAUGUUCUUUGGAGAUCAGGUUGAUAUGUGUUACAAGUGCUCUGUCAAACAAGGAAACACCUUGUUCAUACCAACAGGGUGGAUCCAUGCUGUGCUGACUCCAGUGGACUGCCUGGCCUUUGGAGGAAACUUCUUGCAUAGUCUAAACAUUGACAUGCAGCUGCGGGCUUAUGAAAUAGAGAAGAGAUUAAGCACAGCAGACUUGUUCAGAUUUCCCAACUUUGAGACUGUGUGCUGGUAUGUUGGAAAGCACCUUCUUGACACCUUCAGAGGUUUGAGAGAAAACCGCAGACAUCCUGCCACUUACCUGGUUCACGGAGCUAAGGCCCUGAACAAUGCCUUUCGUGGCUGGACUCGUAAAGAGGCUUUAGGAGAGCAUGAAGUGGAGAUUCCGGAAACCAUCAAUACUCAGACACUAGUGAAGGACCUGGCUAAGGAGAUUCGUCUGGUUGAGGACAUCUUCCAGCAAAACAUUGGCCGCACUGGACCUCAGUUUCCUGGUUCGCCACUCUCUAAAGCCCCCCUGACCACCUCUCAGAAUUCAGGACGCCCCCCUGGAAAAAAGAAAGGACCCAAGCCCAAGGAGGUGAUUGGGGCUCUUGGGCCCCCAGGAACCAAGAAGAAGAGUCAGAAGGGGCUACUUAAGACAGAAGCAGGAGAACUUGACCUAAUUGAGAUCCACACCAAACAUACACUCAAAAAAUUUCAACCUGGCAAGUCCAAAAACAAGAACAAGCUGGAGUUGCCUUUAGAGGAGUUUGAAGGGAAGCUAAAUAAAAGCAAACUGAAACUUGUGCUGACUAAUGGAAAAAUUCAAGGUAAGAAGGACAGCAGCAGUAAUGGUGCAGGAAGUGCUCGAAACUACAAACAUCUUGCCUUGAAGGGAUCCAGUCUGUCUGACUUGGAGUCCGAGGAUGAGCUGCAGAUUGACGAGACCCCUCCUCCAAGACGGAAACCUGCAGGACCUAGCAAGAAAAAGAAACUAAGUGGUCUUCCUAGGAAGCUUCCCAGAGCCAAACCCUGCUCUGACCCCAAUCGCAUCAGGGAACCAGGAGAGGUAGACUUUGACAUUGAGGAGGAUUACACCACAGACGAAGAGGCACUGGCCGCCCACGGAGUGAAGGGUGGCGUGGGGGGCAUUCUUGACUUAUUGAAGGCCAGCAAGCAAGUGGCAGGCUUGGACUCAGCAACACUCAGUGAGGAAGCCCCAGCCUCUCCCAGUACUCGUGAUGCCAUUCAGGGUAUGCUGUCCAUGGCCAACCCCCCUUCCUCGUCCUCAUCCUCGUCAUCUUCAUCUCCCUUAUCUAUUUCUGGAGGCCUGACAGAAGGAUUAGGGGUGGUCAAGGAAAAGGGUGGCAGGGCUGUAUGGGUGACUGGAGGGGUCAAAAAGACAGGAAGUCCUGAGAAGAAACCUGUCAUCCAGCGGCCUGGAAAACGGCCAAUUAAACGGCCAGCCCGUCACCUUAGUGACGAGGAGAGUCCAGAUGAGCAAGAGACUCUGGGAACCUGUUUUAAAGAUUCAGACUAUGUUUACCCUUCCUUGGAGUCUGAUGAGGAGGACCAUGCUAACAAGGCUAAGAUGAAGCGGAAGAAAAACUGGGAUGACACACCAUGGAGCCCAAAAGCCAGGGUGAUGCCCACCCUUCCCAAACAGGAUCGACCAGCCAGGGAAGGGGCUAGAGUUGCAUCUGUAGAAACUGGUCUUGCAGCAGCUGCUGCCAAGCUGGCACAGCAAGAGCAGCAAAAGCCUGCUAAAAGGAAGUACACCAAAAAGCAGCGUCCUCCUGCUCCUGUAGUCACUCCUCCCCCUGUUCAGCCUGAGCCAGCCCCAUCCUCACCACCACCUGCUUCAGAGUCUGCAGCAGACUUCAGCCCAGACAGAAGGAUGGAUUACUACUCUGCUAGUCUGUUGGACCAUGAAUACACAGCAGGACCUGGACCUUUUGGUCCCGGAGGUCCUAGAGGCAGUGGAGCCAUGGCCCCUGGUGUAUUCCUCACUUCACGCCGACCUUCACUGUCUCCGCAGAACAGCAGCUCUCACUCUGGUGCAUCCCCUGCAGGUUUAGCCAGCCAAGGCACAACAGGAAUUGGUCAAGGGAAACGUCCAAAGAAAGGACUUGCAACUGCAAAACAGAGACUUGGAAAAAUUCUGAAAAUUCACCGUAACGGCAAACUUCUCUUGUGAGAGAUGUUGGAAAUGUGGCUGAAGACUUUUAAGUGGGAAUGAAGAAAAAGGCUUUUGUGAAAGUAGGUCUGAAGGAAAUAGAGAUAGUGAUCUAUAUUUUGUACUCUAGAUAAAUUUGUUUACGGUUUUCACCGGUUAUUGAAUCUCACUAUAUCUUGUCCUGCACCAAUUACCCUGCCCAACUAAUUAGCAGCCUGUUUUGCCACUCCACUCAUCCAUAUCUGCAUAAAGAUGUUUUCAGAGGCACAUCUGUGUCUUUAAACAAACCACUGUAAUGUGCUAGAUGCACAUUUAAUGUGGUAACUCUUAAUGAUCACAUGCUAUUUGACAUUGGUAAUAGGAAAUUGUGACACGCAUUUCAAAAUGACAGGUAGACAUUUAUUUACUAGCAAGACUAACUAGCAUAAUAAAUUGACAAAACCUAAUGGCUUCUUUUGUUUAGGCUAUUAUUAGUGGCUCUAUUUAUGCAAAGACAUUUUACUCUCCAUAGAUUUUCUAGUCAGGUAAAAUGUAGUGUCUGCAUAACCCUCACACAAUCCCACACACAGUCAUGCAGUUGUAGUGUUGUAUUUAGUUGUCUUGACAUCAUUUUGACCUCAUAAAACAUUCAUGUGUGGUAUGAUGAUUACAGGACACCAAUCUUUACACACAAUAAUCAGUUUUGCAAAAAUCCAGGGUAUGCACAUGGUCAGCACCCAGUAUGCCACAUGUAUUCAUUUUUUUUGAGGAAUUUGUCAGUGAUGUUUAUUUAACUCAUUUUCCUCCAUAUACUGUAGCUCUACAUAUAAAAUAGAAAGUGAUCCACUGAUGCCAAGAGUAACAUCAUACAAUUCUAUUUAUUCUGAUCAUAUUUAUUUAACAAGGCAGCAUUUAGCCAUCUCUUAGCCUGUUUUAACAUUGUAUGUUUUACCACCUCAUCUUCUUGGACCCUACUUUAAUUAUUUUCAGCCACUUAAUAUGUGUACAAAAAAUGUAUCCAUUGCUUUGUUAGAAUUUUUUACAGUUUAAGUUGUCAUUGUAAAUAUUUGUAAUAUUUGUAAUUUAUAUAGCUACAUUGGAAGAGCAGAAGAAUAUUAUGAGAUGACGAGACUAGUUUCCUGCAAGUUGCCAUAAUUUGUGCCCCAAGUGUCGGCAGAAUUCUUGGGCCAGAUCUAGAGAUGUGCUUUCUUUUCACAGAAUGUGCUAGUGAUAAAAUGUUGGCAGAAGUGUAGAUUUAACUGUGUGAAAGCUUGUGAAGCUGCAGGAUAUGAAUUGAUAUGUAAAUAUAUGUUGUAAUUUAAGUUCUUUUAUAGUUCAAAAACUUUGAAAUCUUUCUUAACAUAACUUGUACAUGAUACAUUGCUGUAUUUGGAAAAUAUCUGAAAUAGUCCAUUUUUUAUAUUUGUACGCAGUAAUUGUCAUGCUUAGUUUGUCAUGUUGUCUUGUCGGUGUAAUAGUGGAAGUGUUCUGGAAAAAAUGCCCUUGUUUAAUUUCAUCCUUUUAGUUUUAUAUUAGUUAUUGUUGAUAUUCACUCUUGUGUUGGUGUGUACUGUGUGUUUUAAACAUGAUGUGUUUAAAUACGACCCGGAACCGAUAAAAUAUACCUUGGGCAAAAUUUA